UCCGGCGCCGGGGCCUUGCGUGAGGAGGCGGCGGCCGUGAGGGCAGGGCAAGGCCGGGCGGACGAGAGGCGGUCCCGGGGGCGGGGCGGGCCUCCUGCGGAGGAAGGGACGAUGGCGGAGGCCCUCAAACCCGCCGGAAGCGCCGCCUCAGCCGCGGGUCGUCUUUAUCCAGUGGAUAUUAAAGAAGAAAAGCCCGAAGUUUUGGAGGCAGCAGCUCAGGAAUAUUAUGCUAAACUCUUGGAACAACAUACAACAGCUGCAGAGUUUUUCUCUAUCCCAGGAAGAGUUAAAGUUAAACUUGAAGCCUCCUUGGUGUGUUUCCUUCCUCUGUAUGGACAAGACAGCAAACGAAGGCUCCUGGUUUUAAAUGACCCUCAACAGAAAACCACAGUUUUAGCUGUUUAUUUGCACAAUUCUUGGUGGCCCGUUGAAGAUAUAUUGAAGACAGCAGAUCUGUCCCGAGAAGGGUUGAUACAGGUUCAGACGUUUGAGGAAAGAAUUGUCCUCUUUGUGCUUAAUGACAUCAUUUUUGGAAGGCAGGAGAGGAGCUUGAUGUCAGACGUGGUCUUCAUUCCUCACCCAGAGGAGGAGCAGGCUAAAAUAUUCUGGAAGAACAGAGAGGCAGUGGCCUUCUACACAGUCAAAGCAAAAGGAAGCCUGUGUGGUGGGCACAGCAGCCAAUGCUAUCUUCUCCCUGUGCUGGACACGGUGUUUGUCCAGAAAAGGUUUAGAAGAUGCGGACUUGGGACAAGGAUGUUGCAGGAUUUUUGCAAGACGUUCGCCACUGAGGAAGCCCUGGGAAUCAGCAGCCCGAUUUCUGCCGAUAUGUACCAAGUUUGUCAACGAUUCUUGGACAACCACCCCGAAGAGCAGUCCCGACUGUGGGAGGUAGAGGCGCCAGGGGGCUGGAGCCAGCGUACCAGUGUCUGGCUAACAAUUCAGCUGGCACGAAAUCUCCCCAAAAAGAAGGAUCAGAGCUGUCAUGGAGAGAUAUUUCAAGAUGAAGAAUCUGGACAGUCGGGUGACAGCCGGAUGAACAAGAGGCCUGUCCAGACUCCUAAUAUUCCAGCGCCGCCCAUUCGAGCAGAGGAAUUUGAAGAUGACUGCAAAGAGCCAUUGAGCUCACAUCUUGGGGUUGAAGAGCACGGCAGUCAACAAGCACAUCAAUGUAAGGAGCCGAAGAAAAGAGUAAGAAGGGGAAUCCUGACUGAAGACAUUGUUCCUAAGCAGGUUAAAGGGGCGUCCUAUAACGAAGGCAACCGUUCCUGAAUAGAUUUUCCUAUUUCCAAAGACGAAACGUCCUGAAUUCUUCUGACUUCCUGUCUGCUCCAGUGAAAUGGAGAACCAGGAUGAGCAUUUUGCUUUGUAGAAAAGAUGCUUUGUCGAAAGAGCAAAUGCCUACAAUCGAAACACUUGCGAGGUGCCAUGUCAGCUGUGGGCGCCGUGUUGAGAAACUGAGGCGGAGAGAGCUUUGGUGUGAAUCCCAUCAUAAUUCUCCCCAAAUGAAUCUGUUUCCCUUGUUUUUCCCUUUUGUCUGGACUAUGCAUGACAGUAGAACAAGGUGGAUGAAUUCCAAGAAGUCAAAAUGGGGUUCCGUACCAUCCCAGAUAGGGUUGCCCGACUGAGCCUGGCAAAGAGGGCUGGUGGCUAUGAUGGGGUGUGUCAUAAGUAUGAUGACAUCACAUCUUGGAAAAACUCAGAUGCAUAGAAUCAAAGAGCGCAGUGUUUCUUUGCAGAUUUGACUGUAGAUUCUAUCAUAGAAUCAUAGAGUUGGAAGAGACCCCAAGGGCCAUCAAGUCCAACCCCCUGCAAUGCAGGAACACACAAUCAAAGCACUCCUGUCAGAUGGCCAUCCAGCCUCUCUUUAAAAACCUCCAAAGAAGGAGACUCCACCACACUCUGAGGUUGUGAAUUCCAUUGUCAGACAGCCCAGCCCUCACUGUUAGGAAGUUUUUUUUGAUGUUUAGGUGGAAUCUCUUUUCCCUCACCUUGAACCCAUGACUUUUGGUCCUAGUCUCUGGAGCAGCAGAAAACAAGCUUGCUCCCUCACCAA